AGUCCGAGCUUAAUAUGCGGCGCUGCAUAAGACGAGAAUAAGUACUUCUGAAACAAGAGCAAGCGCCAGUUUGACAAGAAAGCAUUUCGGUUGAUCAAAUCAUGUCCGCAGGGGUCGAACGGUGAGCGACGCCUGGGGCGGUGGAAAAUACCGCAAAAAUCACCAUAAGAUUUCAUCCUGAGAACGAGUCGCGCAGCAUCGGGUUACGAAGUUGCAAUACCAACUGCAAAAAUGUCUGGGUCUGGAAACUUGUAAUGCUACGUUGCUGGGAAUAGUGAAUGUCCUGUAAUGCACAGGCAAGAAUGAGAAUAAAUAUCUGCGCUUCUUUGCGUUGCGUUUUUCGCAUGACAAACUGCGUUUUUGCAUGACAGGCAAGAGGAUCUCUCCUUGGACACGCAUCACAAACUUUUUGGUUAUGCUAGACAAGCAUGACAAAUCUAUAAAUCUUGCAGACCCAGACAUUUUUGCACUUGAUAUGCAAUCAUGUCCGACAACUUCGCCCUGGCGCCGCUGCCGGACGCAGCUUCUGUCACUGCGUUGCUGAAAAACAACCCGAAUGAAACUUUCCUGACCGCCCUCCGCCUCGACCCCAAAGCGGUAAAUAAAGCGAAAGCAAGGGAAGAGCUGUUAGACUCUCUCCCGAACAACGCGGGAGGCAAGAUUCUAAACGUCCAUACGGAGCUGCAGAAACUCGCCGACACACUCGAUGACCGGGUCGGCGCACUGCUGGAAGCGCAUAUUCUGAGUAAAAGCGUCCUCACCCCAAAGUUGUCAUGCGGGUUUGCAUCUACAGGAACAUUUGUAGUGCGCAUCCCCAUGAGAGGCAUUUGUUAUUGUUUCUAAUCGUGUUUUGGCAUUUGUAAUGCUCUCAACAGGACAAGCAGAUGGAUUUCUGAUGCGGCUGUCCUUGCUAGCCUGCACUGAGUACACUACGGACCGCAACUUGUCAUGCCUGACUCCCAAAACGUCUAGGUUUGUGAUGCAAAGUUCCCAUCUGUUCUUGAACUGCGGGGGUGGGGACUUUUUUCCUCACAAUAGCGCACGAGCGGGAUUUUUUCCUGGCGUACAAGACGCACAUGAUAUAUGCAAUGGAAAUUUCCUGUACACGUACAAAAUGCAUGACAAAUUUCGCUAACUUGCAGUGUCCAACUUGUCACGCUACACUAGGAUUGAAGGCAAGUUUUGUCAUGCAUUUGUACGUGUACAGGGAAUUUACUGUGGAUAUGAUAUCAGUGCAGAAAGAGUUCGACUCCCUGAAAUUGAAAGCGGAUGAGCACGAGACGAAAUCGAGAAGGCAAGCGAAAAUACAGAGUCUGGAAAAGGAGCUGAGGUACUUACAUACUUGGAAGAAUUUUCUUGUUCUUUUUUGCACAGGCAGGUUUUUUUUCAGAUCAGGUGAAAGAACUUCUGAAAUGAGCGACAUUCUAUGUUUUGGUUUACUAGGCUGUGGCUGUCCUUGUCCAACAACAAAGAAGCUAUCAGGUGGUUUAUGAAGGAAGCGCUGCGGUUAGACGAGCUGUGCAAAAAAUACCUCACGGAACUGGAGAAAUGGAAACGACUAGCUGACCAACUGGAUGACGACCGAUCCUUCCUCGAGGACCAGAUCAAAAAAUCCAAGGCACAAAACCGGUCGCUCCGGCUUUCCGUGGAGCGAGCGCAGCAGCACGCCUACGAAGCGCUGGCAGCGUCGGCGGCCGGGGCGGGAAACAACACCUCAACCAGUCAGGAUUUGAGCGGCGCCAGCGGGAGCCAGAUGCUGGGGAACCUGGGUAUGACCUGCUCAAACGUUACAAUCUCAAACGUUGCAAUAGAAUCUGGAUUUCGUCUUGCAUAAUGAGCACGACAGACUCGCAGACCAUUCCACUUUCUGCAACGCAAAUUUUGGCAGAUUGUAAUGCGGUUUGGGACUCGGGAACUUGUCAUGCUCAGUCCUAUGAGACUUGGCUGGAUCAUGCACUUCUUGCAUCACAGAUUUCCAAAUUCUAUUGCAACGCUUGAGAUUGUAACAUUUGAGCAGGGCACACUUGGGGCGGAAGGGAACGGAAUGGAAGCGGAGAUGGCGGCGUUAGAGAAUCUAGGACUUGCAAAAUGCUAGUUUGCCCUUCGAUUUAGUGAAUUCUCCUUCUGGAUUUGCACAAGGUCGUCUUCCCUUGAGGGCACUGACAACUACUUAGGACAAGCCUGUUUUUCCUUGCCAAAACUCGUAAUGCAGUUCAUAGAUCAAGUUGAAGGCAACCGAUAAGAUUAAGAUACUGCGAUCAAAAUUUUGCAAAAAUGCAUAAAACCUCGAGCAGGGCGGGGCAGGUGUUGGCGAAGAGAAGGAGGGGGAAGAAGAAUAUGACGAUAUCAAAUGCAAAAGUGUCUGGGUCUGGAAAUUUGUGAUGCUAAAAUGUGCAUGAUGAAAACACUUCCUGAUCAUGCAGGAAAGCAUGACAAGUCUGCACAGCGCUUUAUCAUACGAACUCCGCAUCAUGAGAAGUUGUCGUUUUGUAUAACCACGUGCGAGGCUGCCACUUUUGUUGGUCAUGCAACACAGAUUUCACAGGAGUGCAAGACCAGCAUUACGGGUUCGCAUCCUUCCAGACCCAGACAUAUUUGCAAUCCAUAGAGGAGCAGGGAAUGCCACUCCACAGCAACAUGCCUGAAAAGAUGGUGGAGAGGUAAAUGGGAGAUUUUGCAUAGACGGCUGUUGUUGAGAACUUGUUUGACCUAUCAUGCAUCCCCUCCGACGAUCGCACGUCUUUGUCUACAUCAAAAACCAAAAGGUAUCGCAAGACCAUCAAGAAUUUGACGCAGCUUAUCCUAUUUAAAAACGUCCCCCCCAUAGUUGUCAUGCAAAUCUGCAUGCUGAAAACGUUUCUCAUGUGUAGUCCCAUGAGAAGCAUUUUCUGAGCGUGAUUUGAAAUUUGUGAUGCUCCAAUCAGCAUAAUAGGCUACGUCUGUGAUGCUGCUGAACUAGCUAAACAAGACUACAUUACGAGGCCAAACUCGUCAUGGGCAACGCCCAAAGCUAGCUGAUUUGUCUAGUAGGUUCUCCAUCUUGACCAUGGUGUGAGGACGUUUUUGCUCAGGAUACAGCUAGUCCAAGCGGAGAAGCGAAAAGUGCAAAAAUUGGAGAUAACACUGGCGAACACACUAUGCAAAAAAAAAACACCAUCACAAUCACUUUUGCACAUUUUUGCAAUGCAAAAACUUUUGUCAUGCGCAGAAAUGCAUCACAGUCAAGCGCUAUAGGCGAUUUCCCUUUGUGUUUUUGCAACACAAGAAAAAUUUGUCAUGCGAGACAAAUUUCUGAUGCAAAACCUCCUAAGUGUGAUCGUGAUGGUGUUUUUUUCUUGGAUACACACCCGCACCAAAAGUUUUAGAGGAAUACUUCGUGCACUGUAUACAGAGUGUUGAUUCAGAUUGUUGGUCAACAGCGAUCAUUUUGAUAUGCAGAAUAGAUGAAAGUUUUCGACUUCUGAUUUGCGGAACUAGUACACGCACGACAGUUACAGGACAAGAUGAACCUCGUUGUACUAAGUAGAACGAGGAUAUUUGUAAUCCGGGAUUCACAAAAAUAUAAAUAAGUCCCGAAGAAAAGGUGGAUUUGUAAUGCGGAAUUCACAAAAAAAAAUCAAAGGUAUCGACGAAGCAAAGGAGGAGGUCGCGAAUCGGAGAACGGUGUAUGAGAAGGAAAGGAAUUGGCUUUGUUUGUCAUGCGCGACGAGCAGUGCAGGCCUGACAAGGGUAUGGCGUUAUUCGCAUGACAAAUUCACAGACUUUUUUCUUUCCAUACUCGAUCUUCAAAAACGAUGCGACCCGCCACCGUCCACGAUAUCGAGUUUCUAUCCACAAAGAAAAUCAUUCGAUUUAGAGCUGUGGAGCUUGUCAUGCAGAGUGUGCUUGCCUGGUAUUGUUUGUCAUGCAAUUUUCCGAACAGAAAGAAAAGAUAAAAAUCACCUCAACUAUCAUGCAAAGACGCAUGACAAGUUCCACGAAAAGAAAUUUCUCCACAACGUGAUACCUAUCCGACUUCACUUCCUACGACAAGCGGUCGGUCAUUGAUUUGCUGUUCCGAAAUCCCGAGUUAUGAUGGUUGAGAAAAUGAUCUAGCUCACUCCGAUUUGAUUUUUCGCACGCUGAAGACAGUACAAAUCAGCAGGGUACUAGGUAGUUGGAUGUUUUGCAUAUAAUUAACGAGUUCUUCUUGUGUUGGAGCAUAACAGGCUUCUGUGCCUCCAAAGUUGUGCUUGACGAGAACAACUUAGUGCAGCACUGGCGGAAUCUGUGAUGCAUGAAGAAUCAUAGCGUCGCAAUCUGUCAUGCAUAAAAUAAUCACACAGUGAAGAUGUGAAUCAUUUUUCUCCCCCAGACCACCUCCUCGCAUUGCUGGAGAAGAAAAUGGAGGAGAUAAACCAGAGCGGUGGCUAGUCGUGAAGGAGUUUGUCAUGCGGUUGGCGGAUGGAAUAGCAGUCAAAGCCUUCUAGGGGUUGUGCUGAUGUUGGGAAUUCCAGUAUUACAUUACAGGUCCAUGUUAAUUGACGAGAGAAAACGAAAAGAUCAGGUUACGAAAUGAUUGCAGUUCUAGCGUUUUUCAUAUUCAUUCUCAUUCAGCAAGAUGUGCUGAAAAUAGCGUGCUUUUGGCGAGGCACAACUCGUCUCGCGCAGAAUAGAUACGAAACGGUUUUAGUUGAGAGAGAAUAACGAACAAGACAUCUGCCUCUCUGUGCUUUUUGUUAAAUGCGAUCUGCAGUCCCGGACGGAGUUGAAAAAAAUAUAUCCCCGGGGAUAAAGAUCAAAUCCGCUUCCGUUCCUCUUCUUGUUCAGCACCGAAUUGUUACUGUAAUCAUAAUCAAACGACCACCAAGGUCGCUAUUCAUAGCCCGACCCGGACCCAGAAAUUAUAUGCCGAGAGUUGUUGUAGAGUGAGUGCAGCUAAUGUGGUCUGAGCAGGUGCAGUCACGAUUUCGAGUAGUUAGAAGAUCUUCACUCUUUUGUACCAGCUUCGUAUCCUCGAAGAAGGACAAAAAAUAACCUAAAAUGACGACCGCGUUGUACAACCCGAAGACGAUCACGGCAUGACCAGAAAAAGGAUCUACUUCUCUUUUCUUGCCUGCUGUGUGACGAUCACUACUGACCACGGGUUGCUCGAAGGAGCUGAGAUGAGAACACCUAAACAAGCUGAUCUGACAAAAAG